UUCAUUCUGGGAAGCCAUCCAGAACACGAUCAGUUGAGAGACGUAAAUCAAUCAAGCAUCAAAAGCCUUUUAAAGCUUUAAAUAGCGAUUGAGAGACAGGAUACUGCGUCUUUUGAUUUAGCCAGUCUUUUGAGCCUGAAUUGUUCGAUUGUCUGCGAUUGACUCCACAACUGAUAAAGACGAUGAAGAAAUCUGCUUUUCUUGGUAUUGGCAUCCUUAUCGUGACGUUUUUCAUCGCAAAUCAAGCUCAUCCAAUCCAACCAG